GAAGAUGAAAGAAAAAGCAAAUAAUUAAAUAAUACAAAAAAACUACAUUUUAUUGAAUUUAUUCAUCAAAUCAGCGGGUAAAUAGAUUUGAGGAGGAGGUAGCAUUUGCAUAGCCUAUUCUGACUUAAAAAUUAUGGAGACAAUAAUGGACAAAAGGUUCCAUCAAGGAUAAAGAGUGAUUACAAGACAAACAAUAAUGGAGUCUGCUGAUGAACGUGAAAAUGCAGCAGGCGGAGUAAUAGAAAGCACCUCCAAAAAUCUUACUUCUCGAUCCGACUAUUCUUACUCUGACACUAAGGAAGAGUCUCCGAGUCAUUAUUGUAAGAUUUGUGAUAAGUGUUUCCUAAAUGAGGACCGCUUAAGUUCCCAUUUAUCAACCCACUUAGAACAUUAUCAGUGUUCAGAAAGUCUUCAAAACGUUAAACCAAAGAAAAAAUCCAGGAAAGGUAAGCUUACGACCAACAAAAAUACCUACCUCUGUGAGAUCUGCUCAGAAACAUUCGUCAGUAAAAAAAUGUUAACACUACAUUUAAGUACUCACACCAACGAUGAGAGUCCUCCUGAGUGCAGUUUUGAAUGCCUGACUUGCAACAAAACGUUUCUAUCCAAAGCAAUGGUGGAGAAGCACAUGGUAAUGCAUACAAGAGAAGUAUUUUUAUGUGAUUCGUGUCCAAAAACAUUUUCAAACAUGAAAUAUUUACAGUCACACUUGUCAACUCAUUCUGGUGAUAAUCUCUUUCUGUGUGAGAUAUGCUCUAAAACCUUCACAUCUGAUAGUCGUUUGAGGGCGCAUAUAGCAAGUCAUAAUGGCGAGCGACCUUUUAAAUGUAUGAUAUGCAGCAAAAGUUACGCCACCGAGAAAAGUUUAAAAGUACAUGUGAUGUCACACACGGGGGAGAGGCCUUUUAAGUGUACUGUGUGUGAAAAGUCAUUUACAUCCAAGGUAGUGUUAAAACAGCAUAUGCUCAUUCACACAGGUGAGCGAAAUCAUCAUUGUACGGAGUGUGGAAGGGCCUUUUUGAGAAGAGGAUUUUUGAAGUUACAUAUGAGAACACACACCGGGGAAAGACCUCAUACUUGUGAGGAAUGUGGAAAAUCCUUCACUCAAAUGCUAGUGUUGAAGGCACACAUUCUGACACAUACUGGUGAGAGGCCUUUUAAGUGCCAUUUGUGCCCGAAAACAACCACACAAAGGUCACACUUGAAAUCUCACAUGCUAACUCACACGGAUGAGCGACCCUGUGUAUGCCCGCAUUGUGAUAAAACUUUCAGACGAAGACCUGAAUUGAAAAGACAUUUGUUGAAACAUGUUAAGGCAGAAAAUGAUGAUUCGACACAGUCAUAGGACUAUAUGAGGAACAAACUUUAGUGUUGUUGGCUCGUAAAAAUCUAUAUUUAUGAAAGUUAUUAUUUUAAAUUAGUAAAUUAUUUCUUACUGUA